AUGGUAGCCACCCGAGGCUUCCCCUGGAGUUUGUGCAAUGUGGUGCCUCCUAAUUUGUCUCUUGGGGCUCUCAGAUUGGUGCUUUCCGGGAGGGCUUUGUCUGGGGGUCUGGACAAAGGACUAUUCCAAGAGAGCCUGGAGGAGGCAGCUGCUGCUGAGACAUCAAGUCCUCCCCACAGCCCUCAGGGUGCCUGCCUUCCCCCCUCUGCCAUGGCAGCCCCUCCAUGUAUCCAACCUGAAGAUGAGGGCUCCAGCAGCCCAGAUAAGGUGGGGGCAACCAGCAGGGAGGGCUCCGAAGAGGCCGAGUCCUCUCUGCAAGGUGCCCUAUGUUUGAAGAAGGCUUGCCUGGUGGCCUUCCUGCUCCUCAAGUAUCGCACCAGGGGGCCGACCACAAAGGCAGAAAUGCUGAGUAGUGUCAUCAAAGAGCACCAGGACCACUUCCCUGAGAUCUUCAGCACAGCCUCUGCGUGCAUGCAGCUGGUCUUUGGCAUUGAUGUGAAGGAAGUGGACCCCAGUGCCCACGCCUAUGUCCUGGUGACCACCUUGGGCCUCACCUAUGAUGGGAUGGUAUGUGAUGAGCCCACAUUUCCCAACACUGGCCUCCUGUUCACAGUUCUAUGGGAGGUUGCCUCAGAGGGUGACUGUGCCCCUGAGGAGGACGUUUGGAAAGCCCUGAAUGUAAGGUGCUUGCAUGAUGGGAAAGAGCAUUGGAACUAUGGGACGCCUAGAGAGCUCCUCACUAAUGUUUGGGUGCAGAAAAAGUACCUGGAGUACCGGCAGGUGCCCAACAGCAAUCCUGCAUGCUAUGAGUUCCUGUAGGGUCCCAGGGCCCACGCUGAGACCACCAAGUUGAAUGUCCUCGAGUUUUUGCUCAGGGAUUAUAGAAGGGAUCCAAGUUCUGGCCCAUCCCUGUUUGAAGAGGUUCUGAGUGAUGAGGAAGGGCAGGCCUGA